AUGGACCAAGCACUGAAAUCCCGGGACAUGAGGUCUGCUUCUGCUCGGAGAAGGAAGUUUCAAGAGAGAGAGGAGCAGAAGGCUUAUGAGGAGGAAAGAUUCCAGGAACACAAGAGACGGAUGUUGAUAUAUGAUCACAUUCCAGAAGACAUGGAGCAAGCCCACGACACUUCAGAUGAAUUAGAUCUGGACGCCGGGCGGUCUGACCGGGAGUCAUCGGUUGAGACGCUCUCUGAGCGCAGCGCGUUGACUCCAGAUGGCAUCUGCUUGAAUAGAGUAACUUCUGGCCAGCCCACGCUCUUCGAGACACACGCGAUGUCGCCGUCGAAGACAUAUAUGGAGGAAGAGCAGGAGGACGACAUCAGGACCACAUUAGACGAUGAUCGAGUUACUAUCCUGCCCCCGUCACCAAGACCUGUUUUGGAGGCUUCUCUGGCAACGCUCUCGGACUUCAGAUAUGACCGCUAUUCGAUUUACUCGGAAUCGCUGUUGACAGAGAUCCUGGGGCCCGAGAUUGACGACGACGACGAAACUCCCUCGCCGGUUGAAGUCGCUACACCAGUGUCGUUUUCCCAACCGAAAUCGCGACCCUCACUUAUUUCCAUCAGCAGCAUGUCGCAACAGAACAAACGAAGGACCCCGUCGCUGCAAAGUUCUUCCUCAGAGCCAAUGACACAGCUAGCUGAGCGACCAGCCAAACGUCGAUCAACAAGCAGCAGCUAUACGGAGUUCCCGGCGGCUGAAGCUACGCUGCUCGAAAUUCCAGAUCUUCCUGCAAAUGCCUCUAUCCUCAUCAGCAACGCCAGCCAGGAGUCGCUCCUCCUUCCGAGCAGGGCGUCGACCAGACCCAAGGGUGACCGAACAUCCAGUCUGCCCUUACUGUCCACCGCAUUCAACCAUGCGCGCAUGAGCAGCAUCAAAAACCUGAUCAAAACGCCCACUUCUGCGAGCGAGAAUCGACCUUUUUCUCGUUCUUCGAGUCACAUCACCCGGCCAUCGAUCGCCAUUCAGGCAGGGACAGGGCCAGCUACUGACACAGACACACAGUGGAGGUCCACCCCGUCAGCGGAGUCUCGCAAUCCAAAUCACCUGCAACGUCCUUCGACAGCAAUAAGCAUUUCGAGCUCUAGGAGUUCUGCCAUCAUCACCGCAUUGCCGUCACUCCCGACGCGGCCAGCGGAGGAAAGCAUGGCUGAUGCGCCGGCACCCGCAGAGUCAAGCACGGAUCGAAAGAAGUCUUUCUCCGCCUUCCGCCGACGGAGCGAAAGCGUUGGUCACGCCAUCAAAGGAUUUAGGAAGAUCUCGAGGAAACAUGACGUGCCCUUGCCGUCGCCGUCGAGCGCGAUGACGCCGACGCUCAAAAAGCAACCUUCGGUCGACCCCUCCAGGAAUCCAACGCCUCCACUUCCCUCGCCUCAUACCGAUAGUGCUAGCGCUCGUGCAAGCUCGUCUGCUUCGACUUUGAAAGAGGGUAGCCCCGGAGAUAUUGGCCUUGGGCUGAGAAGCGUGGACGGACUGUCGCAGACAUGA